ACAGGCCUGUGACGGAGGGUUAGCCCAGAUCAGUGGAGUCAUGCGUCACACAGCUCUAUCAUGCUGGCAGCCGUUCCUGGGUCUGGCUGUGCUGCUUGUCUUCACAAGCCCCACUGUGGGCUGCCCAGCCCGCUGUGAAUGCUCAGCGCAGAACAAGUCUGUCAGCUGUCACCGGAGACGUCUGAUGUCCAUUCCAGAAGGCAUUCCCAUCGAGACAAAAAUCUUGGACCUCAGCAAGAACCGACUGAAAAGCGUUAACCCUGAGGAAUUCACAUCUUACCCGUUGCUGGAGGAGAUUGACCUCAGCGACAAUAUUGUCUCCAAUGUUGAGCCUGGAGCUUUUAACAAUCUCUUCAACUUGCGCUCCUUGAGGCUGAAAGGAAACCGUCUGAAGCUGGUCCCCCUUGGGGUGUUCACUGGGUUGUCAAACUUAACAAAGCUUGAUAUAAGUGAAAACAAGAUUGUCAUUUUGCUGGACUACAUGUUUCAAGAUCUGCAUAACCUAAAAUCCCUGGAGGUUGGGGACAAUGAUUUGGUGUAUAUAUCACACAGGGCCUUCAGUGGGCUGCUUAGCCUGGAGCAGCUCACCCUGGAGAGAUGCAACCUCACAGCCGUACCAACAGAAGCUCUUUCUCACCUCCACAACCUCAUCAGUCUGCAUUUGAAACAGCUCAAUAUUAAUGUUUUGCCGGCAUACGCCUUUAAAAGACUGUUCCGCCUGAAGGACCUGCAGAUAGAGGCCUGGCCCCUUCUGGACAUGCUGCCUGCCAACAGCUUGUACGGUCUCAACCUGACUUCUCUCUCCAUCACGAACACCAACCUGUCUGCAGUACCCUACUCUGCUUUCAAGCAUCUGGUUUACCUGACACAUCUCAACCUCUCUUACAACCCUAUCAGCACCAUUGAGGCAGGCAUGCUGUCAGACUUAGUGCGCCUGCAGGAGCUCCACAUUGUGGGGGCACAGCUGCGCACCAUUGAACCACAUGCUUUCCAAGGGCUCCGAUUCUUACGCGUGCUUAACGUGUCCCAAAACCUGUUAGAAACCCUAGAAGAGAAUGUAUUCCAUUCCUCCAAAAGCCUUGAGGUCCUCUGCAUUAACAACAACCCACUGGCCUGUGACUGCCGCCUUCUUUGGAUUUUGCAGCGGCAGCCCACCUUGCAAUUUGGCGGUGAGCCACCAAUGUGUGCUGGCCCAGACAGUGUCAGAGAGAGGUCAUUCAGAGACUUCCAUAGCACAGCUCUCUCCUUUUACUUCACCUGUAAGAAACCCAAGAUACAAGACAAGAAGUUGCAGUACCUGGUAGUGGAGGAAGGACAGACCGUGCAGCUGAUGUGCAAUGCUGACGGGGACCCACAGCCUACCAUCUCCUGGGUUACCCCACGCCGGAGGCUGAUCACAACUAAAUCAAAUGGUAGAGCCACUGUGCUGGGAGAUGGCACUCUGGAGAUCAGAUUUGCCCAAGACCAGGACACUGGGAUCUAUGUCUGUAUUGCAAGUAAUGCAGCUGGAAAUGACACCUACUCAGCCUCCCUGACGGUAAAGGGGUUUACUUCAGACCGUUUCCUUUAUGCCAACAGGACCCCUAUGUAUAUGACAGACUCCAACGACACAAGUUCUAAUGGAACUAAUGCAAACAGUUACUCUCUGGACCUUAAGACAAUAUUGGUGUCCACAGCUAUGGGCUGUUUCACAUUCCUUGGAGUGGUUUUAUUUUGUUUCCUUCUUCUUUUUGUGUGGAGCCGAGGGAAAGGCAAACACAAAACCAGCAUUGACCUUGAAUAUGUCCCUCGCAAAAACAAUGGUGCUGUGGUUGAAGGGGAGGUUUCUGGACCACGAAGGUUCAAUAUGAAAAUGAUUUGAUGGUAUUCUGCUAGCAGUGCUUUUUCUGUGGCAUUAAAACCAAUUAAAACAGCCUGGCAUGUGGAAUUGCUAGGCAGAAGCAGCUUAAUGCAGCUGUCAGUGUAUCAAAAGGUUAUAUGAAAAUAGAAAGACUAUUUGUGGUUAUACAACAGAGCCUCCAGACCUUGAGGCAGAUGUGUCAGGGCCUUUCAUAGAACUGGGAAAUUGUACUAACUGUUUGCAUUGCAAAUAUUGGCAUUCUGGGGAUAUCAGCAAUGAACCACUGGCUCAUGCUCAUGGACAAUUGUUCAACAUUUUCUAC